UGGCAUGGGAGCGUAUUUAUGAGAAUUACACCGUGCCCUGAACCAGGGAUACAGGACAUACCCGUGGCAGAGCUUCGACCCAUCAUCCUGGACAUUUUUAUGACUUUUGGGGGGGGGGGCAUUCGACUUGGGGGAUGAUCUCGGCAUGAUUGGAGGGACACGGUGAAGUUUCUCCACCCUGCAGAGUCUUGUCAACUUUCAGGGGCUGAUGUCUGUUCCGCAGAUCGGCUUGUCUUGCUCCCUUUCUCUCCGAGCCUACCUUGAAGAAUAGAAGAAUGGGACAGGCGCGCUACUCCAGACCGGUAUAUCCAGCUCCCUUGGCUGAAGAGAGGGAGCAGCCGACACAGGAUGCCGGGACGGUGGCUGAAGUUCUGGAAUCCGGCGACACGACCCCCCCUUCCAAGAGAAAGAGCAAAUUUGCUGGGUUUGGCAAGAUCUUUAAGCCUUGGAAGUGGCGGAAAAAGAAAACCAGUGGAAAAUUUAAGGAGACGUCAGAAGUUUUAGAACGAAAGAUUUCAAUGCGAAAGCCAAGAGAGGAGCUCAUUAAAAGAGGGGUUCUGUUGGAAGAUGUUGAACAGGAUGGAGAAGAGCCAGAGAAGUUAAUUCAUGCCACUUUGAAAAAUGGACACACCAUUCCCGUGGACUAUUCUGGAAUUGUCAGUCUUACACACUUGGAGGAAGAAAGCGGAAAGAGGUUGAGCCUUAAGAAGUCCAGUCCCCCUGAAGAGCCAAAGAAAUUGCAGGGAUCUUACAGCAACCACCCCAAUUCAGAAACGGAGCCCCAUCCUAUGCCCCCUGGUCCCAAGCAGCCGCUGCUUCCCCCGAAGCGACCCUUGUCGUCCUCUCCGCAGGAGACGAGUGAUCUGCCAGCAAGGGAGUUUGGCCUUGGCAACAGCAGCGCAAGGACAGUGUCUUCUUAUUCCACAGCUGCAUCUGCCACCAGCACAACGAAAGGGGGCGUUGCUCCUACCCCUGCACCCCGGACUCUUCUCCAUGCUCCCACAAGUGGCCACGCUUCGGCCACCAACACUAGCAACGCCACCCCGACCAAGCAGCCCCCUGUGCCACCGCCCAAGCCUGCUAAUAGGAAUAGCAACCCCUUAAUGGCUGAAUUAUCUCAGGUGAUUAACAGUGGCACCUCGUUGCUGAAGCCUUCACCGCCUCUGCCUCCCAAGAGGGGCCUUCCGAUGAAUGUAUCUUCCCUGCUAGAAUCGGCCGUUGCUCCCAAAUCCCCAACCGAGAGGGUCAUGUCCUCAUCCUAUCCGUCCUCGCUACCUCCACACAUGAUCUCAACUCUCCCUCCCGCUGUCCCUUCAUCUUCCUUGCCUUCUCACAUUCCAUCAGAACCCGCCAAUGCUCCGCUGCCCACCUCCCUCUACGGAGCAGAGGCUCCCUUUUCUACAGAACUACGGAUGGACAGCCAACAGGAAGGUCUCUCUGCGAUGGAUCCAGCCAAGAGAGUGGCCGAGCUGGGAUAUGGAGAACCUCAAGGGCUUCCUCGGUUGUCCCAGGUCCCGUUGCACAUCCGCAUCCAGCAGGCGUUGAGUAGCCCUUUGCCAGCGACCCCGCCUGCCGAAGGCUCACACAGGGCUCACUCGUUGCUCUUUGAGAACGACGGCUCCAGCGAGGAUAAUGGAAUAGUAGGCAGGACAAGGUCUCUACCUGUGACUAUCGAGCUGCUGAAAGUUCCAGACGAUGAAGAAGAGGAGGAGGAGGAAGAUGGCUCAGGAGAUGCAUGCGCUUCCAAUCACCAUGUGUACAUUGGAGAAGACCCAAUGGUUGCAGUUAUUCCCAGGCUGAUCCUGCAGACGGUGCAGGAUGAAGACGAGGGACCAAGUGAUUCAGAUUCAGAGGGACCCAUUUUGUACAGGGAGGAAGAAGAGGAGGAGGAGGAGGAAGAUGAAGACGAAAGCCACAACACGGCCCUAGCCAAUAAAGUCAAGAGGAAGGACACCUUGGCUAUGAAAUUGGGGAACAUGGCUCCCCGGCAGGAAUUGCCACGAGAGAGCACUUUUCCUCGGAAGAGCAAGGAAGAGUGGAAUGAAAUCCGACAGCAGAUUGGGACAACGCUAAUCAGGCGAUUGAGCCAGAGGCCAACGGCAGAAGAAUUGGAGCAAAGGAACAUACUUCAGCAAAAAAAUGAGGCUGACCGGCAGGCUGAGAAGAGGGAAAUAAAAAGGAGGCUCACUCGGAAGCUUAGCCAAAGGCCUACAGUGGCUGAACUGCAGGCCAGGAAGAUCCUGAGGUUUCAUGAGUAUGUGGAGGUAACAGAUGCCCAUGACUAUGACAGGAGAGCUGACAAGCCGUGGACAAAACUCACUCCUGCUGACAAGGCUGCCAUCCGGAAGGAGCUGAACGAAUUCAAGAGCUCUGAGAUGGAAGUACACGAAGAGAGCAAGCAGUUCACUCGAUAUCAUCGGCCUUAAGGUUUUCUUUUUAAAAAAAAAGAAAAACAGCAAGAAGUGCGAGCCAUCACCGGAAGGGAAGCGAACUAGCCGUGUCUGUCAUUUCCUGUCUCACAAGUUGAAGAGGAAUCUUGAGGCUUGUUUGAGAUUAGCCUUCAUUCACAUAUCCAGAAGAAAAGUUUCUCUUCGCCAGGAAACGGGCCAGGGACAGGAAACGCCCUCGACCCCAAAGGGAAGCAUUUCAUUGAAAGGAAAUUUGUCACAAGUGCCACGAGAUCACACGGCGGGGCAAGUCACAACCGAAAGCAUUAUACCUCAGAUAUACGGCAAUACAAACAGAGGAUGCCCCUUGGCUCCUCAUCUUCUGGCUAAUUCUGAACCCUUUCAUUUCCCGUUCUCAGCGAAAAGUGAGACUUAUCAGAGCAGACUGUGGAGCUAUGGAAUGAGAAGUAUGCAUGUACCUACAUGAUGCUGUACCCAGAAGAAACUUUAACUGACACAUUACUGGAGAUUUGGGGAAGGUGCUUAUGGGAUUUUUUUUUUUUUUUGAGUUACUAAUUUGCAGAAUCACUACUGACCAAUCAUAUGUUGUCUAGUGGAAGAAUUGUUGAGCUCUAACGUGGCACAUGCUGCAUCUUGGGGGUGGGGCGGCGGGAGGGGGAAACGUAACAUUUUUUUAAAAAAAUGGACAACAAGAAGCUCCUUUCGACACUCAAAGAGCAAAUUUUCUGUGGAGAGGGGAUGCACCUUUAAGGCCUGUUUAACAGGACACUGCAAAGCCUGAAAUGAGUUGCCUUGAAGAAGCUGAUGACGUGGAAUAUACUGUAUUUUUUUAAAAAAAAUCUUGACUUUUUUUUUUAAAAGCAACUUCCGGAAACUAAUGUGGAGCUUGCCUUUUUUCUUAGAUUUGUAGCAAAAACGUACUGAAAUGUAAAUGAUUCGCAAAGGGCUUAAACCCAGCUUU